UCUUCUUUGUUUUUUUAUCAUGGGCUUAAACGAGAGUCGAGACUCUCUCAAAUCUCAGCUCAGCAACUUCCCAAUCAGGCAAUCAGUCAAAAAGAUACAAAUCCUCCAAAUAACAGAACCAAAACGAGAAUGAGAAAGAGGCGCUGAGAAGGAGUAAAAUUGAAUUGCAUUGCAAAAAUAAAUAAAUAAAGAAAACAUGUCCAGACGAAACCACCACCGCGAAAUCCAAGUCCCACUCUCCCGAAUCGAAGACCGUCGUGGUGGUCUCCUCCUCCACGGUAGUAGGUCCCACCACCCUCACUCGUUGAUCCUCGAAGACCGCAUCGCCAUCCAACACCGCGAGAUCCAAUCCCUCCUCGGCGAUAACCAACAGCUCGCCUCCGCACACGUGGCACUCAAACACGACCUCUCCGCUGCUCAGCACGACCUUCGCGUCUUAUCGGUCACCGCCUCCGAUAUCAAGGCCGAGAGAGACGCUGAAAUCAGAGACGUCUACGAGAGGUCCUUGAAGCUCGACGCCGAGGCUCGAGCCGUCGAUGCUAUGACGUCAGAGCUCGCUCGUGUCCAAGCUGACUUGCAUCAAUUCGGCUCGGCGCGCCAGGACCUCACGGCGCAGCUUCAGGCCCUCGAGGACGACCUUGCGAGGGUUCGUGAGGACUCGCAGGAGGUUCCGGAGAUUAAGGCCGAGAUUGAGAUCAUGCGCAAGGAAAUUCAGAGAGGAAGGGCUGCUAUUGAAUAUGAGAAGAAAACGCGUGUUAGUAACCUUGAGCAAAGGAAGGUAAUGGAGAGAAGUAUGAUUUCCAUGGCUAAUGAAAUUGAAAAACUACAUGCAGAGCUAGCUAAUGCUGAGAAGAGAGCAAGAGCUGCAGUUGCUGCAGCCACAGCAGCAAACCCAAGUCCUGGUUAUACUACAAGCUAUGGUAAUCCUGAUAUGGCAUAUGGAGGAAAUUCAUACCCUGAUCCCUAUGGCAUUAAUAAGGAGCAGUACCCUAACUCUUAAACAUAAACGAUAGAUAGUUUCAGAUUACACACCGAGGAGGUGGUAGUGGAUUGAGUGUUCAGGCUGAUGAAUAGACCAGCAAUAAAUCAACAAGAGUUGUUACUGGAUCUGAAUUCUAUCUUCUUCUACUUCUUCUUUUUUUUAAGUUAAUUUUUUUUUAUAGGUGAGAAUAAUUUUAUUAAAAAAGACUAGUUCAUGUAAAUGGACACAAAGAGCCUAAAGAAUUACAAAAAAAAGGAAAAGUUAUAUAUUGAAAGACAGUGUAUCUAAAAACAUAGCAAUAGAUUCCCCAUUCAUAAAACUUCACGCUUGAGACCAAUCAAAUAAGGAGCUAGAGAAAUUGGAUGGCUAGCAACUCAUUUCCUAUGCAGUCCCCAUCCUCAAAUGCGUGCCAAUUGUGUUCCCUCCAUAUAGUCCACGUCAGACAUGAAGGAACCAUGUUCCAGAUAUCUGACAAAUGCAUACCCACCUAAUUUCUCCAGAUGUUCCAAAUAUCUAUUGAAUGCUUACCCACCCAAUAACCAAUUUCUCAAGUAACAGACAAUCACCUUCUCCAUAAAACCCCAAUGUAUCCCAAAAGAUUUGAAAGCAAAGCUCCAGUCAUAGGCCACCUUACAAUGAACCAAUAGAUGAUCCACUGUCUCCCCACUAUAUCUGCACAUGAUUCUCCAUCCUACUAUAAUGUAGCUUCUCUAUUUGUAGAGCUAUUGUACAAGUCCGGAAAAACCACCUCAAAGGCUGAUUGCCACACCAUAGUCAUGCCAAAACCUAAUUUGGUUACCAAUUCCUACAUCAAAGUCAAUGUAAUGCAAAAUCUAUCCCACCCCAUCCUAAUGCUCUUCCACAAACCACACCCAUGAGUACCUCAAAUAGGUUUGGAACUCCAACCACCCCACUCCUUACUGAACUACCCAACUCCUGGCUGAACUUUGUAGCUACUACACGCCUCCAUAAACAAGUUUCCUCUACCCCAAACCACCAAAUCCAUUUCCCCUACAAAUCCUGAUUGAAGGUUGUAAGCUCCCUAAUCCCCAGCCCUUCAUUAACAAUAUCCAAAUGGUGUUUAAACUCAUCCCCCAAACCACCCCCACAAGAAUUUACUUUGUCAUUUCUCAAUCUCAUUUGCCACACUAGUAGGGAUAGUAAAUAAGAAGAAAUAAUAUGUAGGUAAACUCAAAAGAGUACUCUUCAGUAAUGUCAAUUGACCCCCUUUUUAUAACCUCUUUCAGCCCGCUAAACCACGCUCAAACUUCUCCAAAAUAUGGGUUCCAAAUCUACUAGGACUUAAAAGGAGUCCCCAGGGGCAUACCAUUUCAUAGGCAAACACCCCAACCUCCAGCCCAAGAUAUUCUGAAACUCACCUACUGGAACCAUCUCUCUUGCUAAAGUUAACCUUUAGGCUUGUCACUUCCUCUAAACAAAUCACCAACAAUCGAACAUAGAGAAUCUGUUCAGUAUUGGCAUCACAAAAAAUGAUUGUUUUAUCUGCAAACAAUAAUUGUGUGGCACACAACCAAUCUUCCUCCACAUUACCAACCUUGAAGUUCUUAGGGAGUCCCACCUUCUCCAUCUUGCUUAGCAUCCUACUCAAGAGCUUCAUAACCAGGACGAGAAGAGCAAAGGAGAUACAGAGUCUCCUUAUUGCAAUCUCAUAAGUUACGUCUAAGCUCUAUCUUGUAAGAUAUCCCUAAAGGAUAUGACUUCACUUCUAAACCAGACUGAUUCUGCAUGAUCAGUUACCAACUGAGCUUACAGUUGAGAAGUAUUAGGGUUGAAAAUAAUAAGGUGGAAAGCUGCUUUGCUCAACAUUUUCUCCCAGACUUUGGAAUAGAAACCUAUUACACUAUGUAAGUUUCAGGUAUCCAUGAAUCUGCAAGUUGACAGUUACAUAUAUAAAACUAUGAUUGGGACACCUGUCUCAAUCCCCAGGUAUAUGUAUUUAUAAAAGUGAAAGCAUUGAUAUCUAUCCAAGAAAAAGAAAAAAAGUGAAAUUAUUACUGUCAGUUCCAUUGUUACUUAUGAAAAUAAUAAUAAUAAAAAAAUAAUGUCAGUUCCAUUGUUAUUUACACAAACCCUAUAAGUCACAUAUCCAGUUCUCAGACUAUAAUAUCGACAACAUACUAGCUGUCACCAGGUUAAUCUAUGCAGUACCAAACUAGCACGUUAUACCAUGUAAUCUAACGACUUUAUUUGAUACUACCAGAUAACUUUGUAGCUCCCAAGCAAGAAAUUAUGGUCAAUCAGAUCUCUUAAUAUUGUGUGCUUC